UGCUGUUCAAGUGCCGCAGAGUGGCCAGUGUGAAGGCAGUCAGUGUGUGCGAUCUCUACUCCCUCGACUGCAACGACUUUGAAAUGAUCCUCAAGAGAUUCCCCAAGAUGAAACAGACGAUGAAAGAGGUGGCGGAGGAGAGACUGGCACAUCUGAGGGACAUGUACGGUCCCGGCUGGAUGGACAGCGAGGACAGCAACGUGGACUUCAACCGACUCAGCUCCGUCCAACUCGUCAGUUCCCGGCAGUCGCGGACACGAGAGUAUCUGAGAAAGAUGGAGGCGACGCGAUCGGAGCCCUAUCACGCCAGAACUGACGGUGAAGGUGGGGGUACCCGCCGGAGCUUCGGGAGCUAUCGGAGUAGGUCCAGUGUGGGGGGCGUGGCAGGUGGGGGGAGGGGCCUCCGGGAACCGGCCACC